GUGUGGUUUCGCGGAGUGUAGUUGUAGUUUGUAGAGGGCAAAGGAAGCCUCACCACCAUAGCCGAGGAGCCACCACCUCCGACUCACUCUGUUUAGUUUAGUAGGAAAAACGAUAACAGAUCUCAGUCUGUUUGGAAUGCUUCGCGUAGCAUCGUGGGCUUGAAUUCUUCUUCAUUCAUGCCACAUUUUUAGUUUCAAUCGUCGCUGCGGUUUAGCGUCGGCUCUUGGCCGGAUUUUGAGGUUCGCUCCUUUGGUGAUAUAGCACUUGUGUUUGUCGGCGGAGACCCUUUGAACCAUGAAGGUGGACGAGUGCGAGCGGAUUUGCAAGAGGAUUUCGCGGGGGGUAGUGUAUUGGGCUUCUGAGUUGGUUGGUAGCCUGCUGUAGGAGGUGUGUUUGUGGAUGUGGAGGUGUUUGCCACAACUGCACGAUUGGUGUCAGAAGCUCCGUUGGUUGAUUUUCUGAACGCCCUUGCCUUGUGUCAGAUAAAAUAGUUUCUGAGGGAUGGAGGAAAUUCUUCAUGGUUCACGAUCAGCAGCGGCACCCCGGACAAUUACUACCUUAGCAAAUGUGGCAAAGGGUUCUCACUUGGGCGGCAUCCCGCGACGUAUGGUCUUGACUACAGUGGGAGCUAUAACUAAGUUUUAUGGCAUCCUUCUAAACAACACCAAGGUGCAUAAUGGGGACACACUGUUGUCGCUGGUGAAGUCACGCCCACCUGGUACUCCUCUCGUGACUGUCAGUAACCACAUGUCGACGCUGGACGAUCCCCUGAUGUGGGGGAUCCGAGGCUUACCUCUGGCAGAUCCAAAGCGAUGUCGAUGGACAUUAGCUGCCGAGGAUAUAUGCUUCACAAACGUGUUUUUCUCGUAUUUUUUCCGCCUGGGCAAGUGCAUACCAAUUACAAGGGGUGCGGGCAUUUAUCAACCUCAUAUGGCUGAGGCCCUUGAGCGUCUCAACGAAGGAGAGUGGCUCAAUACAUUUCCCGAAGGCAAGGUAUGUCAAGAACUUGGGCCUCUUCGGCGACUGAAAUGGGGUACAGCGAGUCUGAUCGCUCGGGCUAAGGUUUCUCCUAUUUUAUUACCCAUUGGUCACAGCGGGUUUGAAAAGGUAAUGCCCGAAAAUUACUGGAAUGGGCGUCGGCCUCUUCUUCCUCUGGUCAACAAAAAUGUAGACAUUGUUGUUGGAGAGCCUAUGGUGUUCGACAUUCCACGCCUGAAGCAGGCUGCCGUCGAUUUGGCGAGUGCAUCUGUAGAUGUGGCUUCCAGUGGCAGUGUUUCAAGUGAAGCUGAUGACAGAAAGUUCCCACUCCUUGGGAGCAGUAUGAAGAAUCCCAAUCCCCUAACCAAAGGAAUUACAAGAUUAUCAUCUAUUCAACAAGUUGCAAAUACUUUAGAGACGAUGAAGACUAAUGGGGCAGAUGUACCUGGGCCAUUGCUAGAUGAGGCUGCAUGGAGAUGGAUAUACACGCACAUAACUGAGCACAUUUGGGUUGCAUUAAGCGAGGUAACACAGAAGGCGAGAACCAUUGGCCAAUUGCGAGCAGAUUCUUAAUGGCUUCAUUCAUUUUUUCUGUAUCCUAUUUAUAUUGUAGAUUGCAUCUGGUCAGUCAUUGAUUUGGGAGACUGAUAGCAUUAGGUGGAAUUCGUGUUGUUUGGAGUAUACAAUUGACCUGAAUAAUUCCUGAUGUAAUUUAAAAUAAUAAAGAAUGAUUACUGCAGUAAUAUUUAUCCAUUC